UAAAACUGUUGAUGAGUCUAGUGGUUUGUUAGGAUGAUAAUAGGACAGUCAUGCUGGGUGCUGCUGGCAGUCGUGCUACUGUCCCCAAUCCAUGCCGAAAAGAAGAACACCGACAAUGUCGAUAAGGCCAAUGAUGGCGAGAAAACUCAGGAGAAGUUAUCAACGUCUCUCAAGCUCGCCGAUGAAGACGUCAAAAACAGGACGAGUAAAGUACGAGGAAUAGUGGCAUCCGAAGUCCAGUCUCUGCUUGGUGGAAACAGAGAAAACGCGAGCAGGGAUCUGAUGUUACCAAUCAGCAUGGAUAUAGCAAAGAUCAUAUCCAACGAUUCCGAUUCCGAGGAGAGCGAGGAGGAGGACGAGGACGAGAUGCCCGAGGCUUUACCUGAAGCUCAAGAGCUGCGGUUAGUUAGAUCACAAGAGCGACGACGGCCUAUAAUCAUUAAACCAAUGCGACCCUUAAGGCCGCCUCUUCCAAACAGGAGGAAUGUUUACACAGGUUUAUCGAGGCCCCCUGUGAUGCGACCAACUAAACGGCCGAAUGAUCCGAAGAGGAGGCCUACGGAAAACGAAUGCACUUUCUUCACGAAGACGGUGUGUCUCGAGGCCAACGAUUAUCCGCACGAAGCAAUAAUAAGAAGUUUAAGGUCUAAUAAGGAAAUGGUAUCCGCAUUAUUGACCGAUUAUAAAGCGCAAGACGGAAGCGCGGAAGAAAAAUUGCCAAGCGCCCUACCGUUGGAAAAUAAAUACGAGAACAGAUACGAGAAUAAUGAAAUUAAAAGACGAUCUGACAAUCCCUUCGACAACGUAGAGGAGGGUUUCACCUGUCCAUCAACUGUCAAAUAUGCUCGCCCACAAUUAGCAAGAGCUGCUUCCGGAGUAUGGAAGUAUAUAAUAAACACAGGUGAACACACCCAGACGAUACGAUUGGAGAAAUGUUCCAAUCCACAAUCAAGUUGCUCAUUUAUCUCAGAAAACUAUCGUUCUUCCUGCGUACAAAUCUAUAACUACCACAGAUUGCUGACCUGGGACCAGAAACUAGGACUUCAUAUGGACAUAUUCAAAGUGCCGACCUGUUGUAGUUGUCACGUGCACGGCUACGCCGAGAUCUUUCCGCCGCAUCAAAAGGAUCCUCCGAUAAAGCCCAAGGAAACGUUUCCAGGCGCUGAUUUCGCUUCGAUCAACGACCAGAAGGACGAUUUUCAAGAUCUUAACAAGGCUAUCGUCCUUAAUCAUAUUACCAAGUAUACUCCCAGCUUAAACUUCGAUUCCAUGUCCAGCAAUAAGAAACCGGUGGUGGAGAUCAAUCCGACGAGUAGACCCAGCUUUACUUUGCCUGGCAGUAGAACCAGACCGAAAAAGCCCUCGCCUAUCCCGCGGCCGUACGACAAAUUACCACAACAGCAUGCGCCCAAUACGCGAGCACCAGGUUACAAAGGACCAUUGACCAAGAGCAGCAGGCCCAAUCGACUCAACAGGCCACCUUUCAGACGAGAAUCCACCGCGCACGAAGAUUACACGGAGACUUCCCGUAAUACGACUAACCGAUAUAGCCAGCCAUACGAUCAGGACGUAGAUGCCACGUCAAGACUGCAGAACGGAGGUUUUGACGAAGAGUACCAAGAGCCACAAAGAAGAAUCAAUUACAACUAUCACCCAAUUAUAGACUUUUUCAAGCCGGAGGCUUCCAUGUUGCAAUCCGCAGAACCGCAACUCGCCACCCAGCCGACACCGGUCCAAAGCGACAAUAACGCGUGGAAGCCGAUGAUAUCUUAA